AUGGAUGCUCUAGCUCUUUCGGGGGCCAACGUUCCCCAGGGGAAAAGCACAGCCAGCGAUCAUGGUGCUGAAGAUACUCCUUCGGCUCAGAGCGACAACAAGUUUCAGCGGGCUAUAGCAGCAUGGCGGAACAUUGAUCUUUCGUCGUUGAUGCCCCAACUCGAUUCUACGGCCUCGGAAAUAGUUUCCCAACAAAGAGACGCACUGUUAGAACGAAAGGAAUUGGCCCAGAAGACGAAGGACUUCAGAAAGCUAGAAGAUGCUGCAAAGCUGACAGAGUACAAAGCUCUGCUAAAGUCCUACCAGUCCUUCAUCGAUCUGAUAACUGGUCAUGGCAAGACAUCUUCGUCUGCGUUUCUCCAACUCUACCAACCCCUAUCCGAAGCACCCGACCCCUUCCCUCUGCUGGAAGCCUCUGUCGACUCUCUUGUAGCGUCCGAGGAAACUGUGCCCAGGCUCACAACCGAGAAUCAGCAACUCUUGGCCAGGUUGAACAAGCUGAGCACGCAACUAGAGGAGACAGAGAGGAAAUUGCAAGAUGAAAGCAAUGCCAGGCGAGAGGCAGAAGCGGGCUCGGGAAGUCGUGUACAAGAAAUUGAACAGAAAUGGGAGAAAGUCCUCGAGGAGAAGCAAAACAACUGGAAGUCAAGAGAACAAGCUCUGGAGGAAAAGGUCGAGAACCAGGACAGGCUUCUGAAGGAGUUGAAGGCAAACUACGAGGUCUCGCAGAGGCUGCAAGAUGGCACGCAAGAGAGCGCUUCGUCCAAAGCUACAUCUGCAGAACUGGAGAUGGUGCAUUCAGAACUCGAAAAGACCAGUGCCCGUUUGGCCGAAGUCGAAGCCAGGAAUGAACAACUGCGUCUAGAUCUCGCCCGAGCGUCACAGAAUGCGGCAAAACAUGAAAUCGAAGAAGACCCGGCAUUCUUGCGGCUUCAAUCCGAGAACUCCGCGUUACUGAGGAAGAUUGAAUCUGCACGAUUCGAGAAGGAGGCCGAAAAGCGAACAUGGGAAGAUAGACUUCGUCAAGCAGAGAGACAAAGAUCACAACUUUCCGGUGAAAACGAAGACCUACGAACCAAGAUCAACAAAUGGUCGGAUUAUGACGACCUGAAGCGCGAGCUCGAUACCCUACGAUCACUUGAGUUGUCAGUCGGAGACGAUGACAAUACCGAUGAUGCCCCUACAAAUGGAUCCGCUGACAGCGGCAACAAACAAUCGCUUGAACAGUUGCUUCUAGCACGUAACAAGAAGUUAAGUAAUGAGCUGACAUUGCUUCGAGUAUCGCACCAAGACCUACAACGUCAAGUCGAAGAACACCAAGAAGAACUCUCUCGAACUAAUGCAGAGCUAGAGAAGUCUCAAAAGCUCUCUUCUACUUUGGAGAAUGAUUUGUUGAGAAUACAGGAGGAAGCAGCCAAUGCGCUUCCAUCGUCUGGGAUGUCUGCGACCGGCACUUACGUGUCACGGCAUCCGGCCAGUUCUCUACGACGAGGCAGAGCAUCACCUACCUCGUCAAUUAUUUCAGGCUACGAAAUGCAGCCUCGGACAACCACUCUCGAAUCCUUGCGAGCAGGUGAACCUGUCGGAGGAGGUUCGGGUAUUUUGCCUAUGAUUCAAGCCCAACGAGAUAGAUUCAAGCAAAAGAAUCAGCAACUCGAAGAAGAGCUCUCCAAAACCUACGCGACGGUCACCUCACUGCGCCAAGAAGUCGCAUCGCUGCAGAAGGACAAUCUCAGUCUGUACGAAAAGUCCAGAUACGUGUCGGCGUAUAAUCGCGGACCUAACGCCGCAUCCUCGACUUCAUAUGGGGCAUCGCCUGGCCAUUUGUCUGUGCACUUACCAGAUGACAGCACCUCGAAUCGAUGGAAGUCGCAGUACGAGGCCAAACUUUCACCUUUUGCCGCUUUCCGCGGUCGAGAGGCCACGCGUGCUUACAACCGUAUGAGUCUUCCCGAGCGGAUCAUCUUUUCUUUGACCAGAAUCGUCCUCGCCACCAGGACUUCGCGCAACCUCUUUGCUGCGUACUGCAUGGCCCUGCACCUCUUGGUUUUCCUAAUGCUGUACUGGAUGGGCUCGGCAGAUGUUGAUCGCACGGCUGUACACCUCGGAGAGGCUGCGGUAGCAGCUGGUGGUGCAGCCCUUCACGCUCCGGAUCCGAAUACAGCGGAAUGGCGUCAGGAGGAAUUCGGUUAA